CGCUGCUACGCUGCCCUCCACCCGCUGCCCUCCACCCGAAACCCCCAGGGCCUCCUGAGCUAGUGCAAGACUCCGACACUGUGGAAAGAGAGCCCCGGGGCAACUGCAGGGAGAAUGGCCGUGCCCUGGGAGGAAUAUUUCCGACUGGCCUUGCAAGAGAAAAUGCCCGAGAAGAUCCCAGAGCAAAACGAGGACACCCUCCCGCUGGUGCUGCAUCUCCUGGAGAAGAGGCAGGAGCUGGUGGAUGCGGACCGGCGCCUGCAGGCCCAGAGGGAAGCGUGCCAGACCAUGAUGGCAGCCCGGAAACAGCGCUGGGAACAGUUGGAACAGAAGGAGCGGGAGCUAAAGGGGUCUUUUGUGCGCUUUGACAAGUUCUUGCAGGACAGCGAGGCCCGGCGCGGCCGCGCGCUGCGGAGGUGGGCGGGGAGAAGACACCAGAGCCGCGCGAGUCGAGUGCUCCGCCCCCUUCUCGGCGCCGAGCGGGACGAGCUGCGGCGGGAGCGCGCGCGGCUGCAGCGCCGGCUGGAGCGCCUGGAGCCCUGCGCGCGCCUGCUGGGCCAAGUGCUGGAGCAGCUGCCCGAGUUCCAGGAGGUCCCCGAGCUGGUGGCGCGCUUCGACGGCCUGGCCGAUAUGCAGGCGGCGCUGCGGCUCGCGGAGCGCGGGCGGCGGGCGGAGCUGGAGGAGGCGCGCGCGCGGCUGCAGCGGCUGCGGGACGCCGGGCAGGACGAGCUGCUGGGGCAGGGCCAGCGGCGAGCGCAGCUGCUGGAGCGCCUGGAGGCUGCGAGGGAGCGCACGCUGCGCUGGGAAUCCAAGUGGAUUCAGAUCCAGAACACCGCGGCUGAGAAGACCCUUCUCCUGGGCCGCACCAGAAUGGCGGCGCUCAACCUGUUCCAGCUAGUGCGCCAGCACAAGAGGCAGGCCCCUGCCCUGGCCGUCGAGGACACCGAAGGGCAGCUGCAGCAGGUGCGCUCCCUCGCCGUGUCCCCUCCGACCCCCAGAGCUUCAGGAAACCUCACCUACUCUGGGUUAAGCGUGACCCUCCGGGAGCCGAGCGCAUGA